ACAAAUGGCUUUUUAUCUCCUCCCACAAAUCUGCUCCUCUGCAACCAUUGAAUUUGGCCCAUUUCUUCUGUACAUAGAUAGAUACUCAUUUUCAUAUGUAUAUUAUAUAGUUAGUAUUAUAGCGAUGAGUUUAAGCGCUGUGCAGAAUCUAUACAACCUCUGCAAGGAGAUCUUCUCGCCUCCAGGGAUUGUGCCUCUUCCACCGGCUGUUAACAGACUGACUUCUUUUCUAGAGACAAUUAGAGCCGUGGAUGUUGGGCUACAAGAGAGAAGGAUAAUGGAGAUAGAGCAGCACAGCAGCUUGCCUUACAUGGCCGGACCCAACAGGAGGAGAAGACAGCACAGACGUUCUCGAACAGUAGCUUCUUCUACUAGAACAACAUGGACUCCACCUGUCACAUACAUUCAAGUUCAUGAAUCUCCAUCAUUCUCGAUAGGCAUAUUUUGCCUGCCAACUUCAUCUGUAAUUCCACUACAUGAUCAUGCAAACAUGACAGUGUUCAGCAAGAUUUUGUACGGCUCCAUGCAUAUCAAUUCUUAUGAUUGGCUUGAUCCUCAGCCCACAGUUUCCUUCCAACAUCCUUACCCACUAGACUUGAGGUUGGCAGCUCUAAAGGUGGAUGGUGAUUUCGCAGCCCCCUGUGAGGUAUCAGUAUUGUACCCAACAAGUGGAGGCAACAUUCAUUCAUUCACAGCACUAACUUCUUGUGCCGUGCUGGAUAUACUUUCUCCUCCUUAUUCAGGGAACCCCUCUUACUUUCGAGAAUGCCCAUAUCCAGGCCUUCCUGGCAAUGAAGAUGGCGUGUGGUUAGAAGAGAUUGAAAAACCAGACAACUUUUUCAUGAGACAAUAUCCCUACACAGGUCCAGUCAUUGAUGUUACUUGACAUUUCAAUCUGUUUAAAUUUCUCAUCUUUUGUAGAUUCUGACUACACCACAGUAUAAAAGCAACUGGGUUAAAAUGUUUGAGCUUGAUACACUUAAGGCCAUUCUCAUAAUCCGUUCAAAAUAGGAUCUGCUCAAGUUUUUUCGGAUCUAUGAGUGUGGCCAUGUUAAAAUUUCAAUAAAAAGAGAUUCACGUGUGUUUUUUUCUCUUCAAAA